AUGAAGGACGUGGUCCACAAGGGUGUGAAUGCCACGAGGCAGAGAUCAUUGGGUGCUAUCUUGGCUACCACACCCUUCUCCUCCUCUGGCUGGGAGAGAAAUGUGUGCACGAGGACCUACCAUCUGGUCUCGAGCCACCGUCCAGGGUCCCUGAUAUGUUUUGACUGUGGUGCCAAAAACCCCAGCUGGGCGAGUGUCACCUACGGGGUGUUCCUCUGUAUCGACUGUUCAGGGUCCCACCGGUCGCUGGGUGUUCACUUGAGUUUUAUCCGGUCAACGGAGUUGGAUUCAAACUGGUCUUGGUUUCAGUUGCGAUGCAUGCAAGUUGGAGGGAACGCUAACGCAUCCUCCUUCUUCCACCAGCAUGGGUGUACCACCACCGACACCAACGCCAAGUACAACAGCCGCGCUGCCCAGCUCUAUCGUGAGAAAAUCAAAUCUCUCGCCUCCCAAGCCACUCGGAAGCACGGCACCGAUCUGUGGCUUGAUAGCUGUGUGGUUCCGUCCUUGUCCCCUCCACCAAAAGAGGAAGAUUUUUUUGCCUCACAUGUUCCUCCUGAGAGUCGAUCCUGGCCCGUGGCAGACGGACCUCAGGGACCGAGCGUGGAAGGUCUGAAUGCACCGACCAAGGCUGCGUCAGAAGUUUCUUCUAUCAUUAAAAAGAAACCGAAUCAAGCUAAAAAGGGGCUUGGGGCCAAAAAAGGAAGUCUGGGAGCCCAGAAGCUGGCGAGUAAAAGCUUUAAUGAAAUGGAAAAACAAGCCCAAGCUGCAGAUACGAUGAAGGAACAGGAAGACCUGGCCCGGGCAGCACCGAAGGAGGAGCUCAUUGUGUCAUCGUUACGAUUAGCCUACAAGGACCUUGAAAUACAGAGGAAGAAAGAUGAAAAAAUGAACAUCAGCGGCAAAAAAAAAGUGGAAUCAGAGAGACUUGGCAUGGGGUUUGGAAACUGCAGAAGUGGCAUUUCCCAUUCCGUGACUUCCGACAUGCAAACCAUAGAACAGGAGACGCCCGUUGUGGCAAAACCAAGAAAAAAGUAUGGUGAAGACAGUGAUGACUCCUAUUUUACGGCCGGGCCCAGGUACUUUGAUGAGCCGGUGGAGUUACGGAGCGGUUCUUUUUCCACCUGGGAUGACAAUUCAGACUCCUAUUGGAGAAAGGAGGCUAUCAAGGACACUGAUACAAUUCUGAAAACCACGGGCUCUUCAGACAGACCCGCUGCUCGCCGCAAGCCGGACUGCGUGCCAGCUGAAAACACAGAUGAGGCCCAGAAGAAGUUCGGCAAUGUCAGAGCGAUCUCUUCAGACAUGUACUUCGGAAGGCAAGACCAGGCUGAUUUUGAGACCAGGGCCCGGCUGGAGAGGCUUUCGGCGAGUUCCUCCAUAAGCUCCGCAGACCUGUUUGAGGAGCAGCGGAAGCAGACGCCAGGAAACUACACCCUGACGAGCGUGCUGCCUGCCGCGCCCGACAUGGCGCAGUUCAAGCAGGGCGUCAGGUCCGUGGCCGGGAAGCUGUCUGUCUUUGCCAACGGCGUCAUGACUUCCAUCCAGGACCGCUACGGCUCCUAA